AUGUCUAUAAUAUGGCCUGGUCAGAAGACAGGUGAGUUACCUUUGGACAUCAAUAUCCGUGAUCCUCGAUGGGACCAGAACACUUUUGUGGGCCGAGCUAAACACUUCUUCACUGUCACCAACCCCUUGAACCUUCUUCUGUCUGAUCAGGAACUGCAUAAUGCCCGAACCAUUGUGAAGAACUACAAGGCAGGGAUUGUGCCCCCUGGGCUGACUGAAGAUGAGCUUUGGAAGGCCAAGACCAUGGCAUCUGUGGUAUUUUGGCAGUGGGUGAACCAGUCCUUCAAUGCUAUUGUCAACUACUCCAAUAGAAAUGGAAAUAUAAAGGCUACUGAGAAGCAGCUGGGGGUAGCUUACAUAGGUGCUACCACUGGGGCUGUGGUCACUGCUCUGGGACUCAAAUCCCUCACCAAACAUCUACCAAGCCUCGUUGGCCGCUUUAUUCCAUUAACAGCCGUGUGUGCUGCCAACUGCAUCAACAUCCCACUGAUGAGAGAGAGAGAGAUUCUGAUGGGAAUCCCUGUGACUGAUGAUUCUGGCCAUAAGUUAGGUUAUUCUUCAAAGGCAGCUCAGAAGGGCAUCUUCCAGGUAGUGAUAUCUCGAAUCGCCAUGGCUUUUCCUGCUCUGACCAUACCCCCUAUAAUUAUGACAGUACUGGAGAAAAAAGACUUCUUGAAGAGAAGACCGUGGCUCUCAGGCCCCAUACAGGUGGGCCUGGUUGGCUUUUUGCUGUUGUUUGCUACUCCCCUGUGCUGCGCAUUUUUUCCCCAGAGGAGUUCCAUGCUAGUGAAAUACCUAGAGCCAGAACUCAGAGCUCAGAUCAAGGAGCAGAGCCCAAACACUGAAAUUGUUUACUUCAACAAGGGACUCUGA